UCUCUUCAAAGCAGAAGGUCGCGCUUGGAGGAAGUGGCGGCAUUGGGUCCCGUUUUCGCAUUGCUGUUACUACUUCUCGGAAGCUCUCGGCCGCUUGCCGAGACACUACGCUUUCAAGAUGCCUCGAAUUAUGAUCAAGGGGGGCGUGUGGAGGAAUACAGAGGAUGAAAUUCUGAAAGCAGCGGUAAUGAAAUAUGGAAAAAACCAGUGGUCUAGGAUUGCCUCCCUGCUGCACAGAAAAUCAGCAAAGCAGUGCAAAGCCAGAUGGUAUGAGUGGCUGGAUCCAAGCAUUAAGAAAACAGAAUGGUCCAGAGAAGAAGAGGAAAAACUCUUGCACCUGGCCAAGUUGAUGCCAACUCAGUGGAGGACGAUUGCUCCAAUCAUUGGAAGAACAGCUGCCCAGUGCUUGGAACACUAUGAAUUUCUUCUGGAUAAAGCUGCCCAAAGAGAUAAUGAAGAAGAAACAACAGAUGAUCCGCGAAAACUUAAACCUGGAGAAAUAGAUCCAAAUCCAGAAACAAAACCAGCACGGCCUGAUCCAAUUGAUAUGGAUGAGGAUGAACUUGAGAUGCUUUCUGAAGCCAGAGCGCGCCUGGCUAAUACUCAGGGAAAGAAAGCCAAGAGGAAAGCAAGAGAGAAACAGUUGGAAGAAGCAAGGCGUCUUGCUGCACUCCAAAAGAGGAGAGAACUUCGAGCAGCUGGUAUAGAAAUUCAGAAGAAAAGAAAAAAGAAGAGAGGAGUCGAUUAUAAUGCUGAAAUUCCAUUCGAAAAAAAGCCUGCUCUUGGUUUCUAUGAUACUUCUGAGGAGAACUACCAGGCUCUUGAUGCAGAUUUCAGAAAAUUAAGACAACAGGAUCUUGAUGGGGAGCUAAGAUCUGAAAAAGAAGGAAGAGAUAGAAAAAAAGACAAGCAGCAUUUGAAAAGGAAAAAAGAAUCUGAUUUACCAUCAGCUAUUCUUCAAACUAGUGGUGUUUCUGAAUUUACUAAGAAGAGAAGCAAACUAGUACUUCCUGCCCCUCAGAUUUCAGAUGCAGAACUCCAGGAAGUUGUAAAAGUAGGCCAAGCAAGUGAAAUUGCUCGCCAGACUGCUGAGGAAUCUGGCAUAACAAACUCUGCCUCCAGUACUCUUUUGUCUGAAUACAAUGUCACCAACAACAGUAUCGCUCUUAGAACACCACGAACGCCAGCUUCCCAGGACAGAAUUCUGCAGGAAGCCCAGAACCUCAUGGCCCUCACCAAUGUGGACACCCCCUUAAAAGGUGGACUUAAUACCCCUUUGCACGAGAGCGACUUCUCAGGUGUGACUCCGCAGCGGCAGGUUGUACAAACUCCAAACACAGUUCUUUCUACCCCAUUCAGGACUCCUUCUCAUGGAUCUGAAGGGCUGACUCCCCGGAGUGGGACAACUCCUAAACCAGUUGUUAACUCCACCCCUGGUAGAACUCCUCUUCGAGACAAGUUAAACAUUAAUCCUGAGGAUGGACUGGCAGACUAUAGUGAUCCCUCUUAUGUGAAGCAGAUGGAAAGAGAAUCUCGUGAACACCUCCGUUUAGGGUUGUUGGGCCUUCCUGCCCCUAAGAAUGACUUUGAAAUUGUUCUACCAGAAAAUGCUGAGAAGGAGCUAGAAGACCGUGAAAUAGAUGAUACUUACAUUGAAGAUGCUGCUGAUGUGGAUGCACGGAAGCAGGCCAUACGAGAUGCAGAACGUGUAAAGGAAAUGAAACGAAUGCAUAAAGCUGUGCAGAAAGAUCUGCCAAGACCAUCAGAAGUGAAUGAAACUAUUCUAAGACCCUUAAAUGUGGAACCACCUCUAACAGAUUUACAGAAAAGUGAGGAACUCAUCAAAAAAGAAAUGAUCACAAUGCUUCAUUACGACCUUCUACAUCAUCCUUAUGAACCAUCUGGAAAUAAAAAAGGAAAAACUGUAGGAUUUGGUACCAAUAAUUCAGAGCACAUUGCCUAUCUAGAACAUAAUCCUUAUGAAAAGUUCUCCAAAGAAGAGUUGAAAAAGGCCCAGGACGUUCUGGUACAGGAGAUGGAAGUGGUGAAACAAGGUAUGAGCCACGGAGAACUGUCAAGUGAAGCUUAUAAUCAGGUGUGGGAAGAAUGCUACAGUCAAGUUCUCUAUCUUCCUGGGCAGAGCCGCUACACACGGGCCAACCUAGCUAGCAAAAAGGACAGAAUCGAGUCACUUGAAAAGAGGCUUGAGAUAAACAGGGGCCACAUGACAACAGAAGCCAAGAGAGCUGCAAAGAUGGAAAAGAAGAUGAAAAUUUUGCUUGGGGGUUACCAGUCUCGUGCUAUGGGGCUCAUGAAACAGCUGAAUGACUUGUGGGACCAAAUUGAACAGGCUUACUUGGAAUUACGUACUUUUGAAGAACUCAAGAAACAUGAAGAUUCUGCUAUUCCCCGGAGGCUUGAGUGUCUAAAAGAAGAUGUUCAGCGACAACAGGACAGAGAAAAGGAACUACAGCAUAGAUACGCUGAUUUGCUGCUGGAGAAAGAAACUUUAAAGUCGAAAUUCUGAAGCAUAGUUUAUAUUCUGUCACAAGAUGAACUAAUUGCUGGUUUUCAUAAUCUGGAAGGCUGAAACUAAUGUUUAUCUUCAUGGACAAAUUUGCCCACGAUCUGUGGUUUUUCAGUUGUUUAUUUUAAAGGAUACCAAUCUUAUACACUCUGUGUAUAAAGACUUUAACUCCAUGGGAUAUUUUAGGGUUUAAAUUAUUAAGAUGAUCAUUCUUUUAGCAGUGUCAUAUUUGCAAAAUUUUUUCAGUUUUGGCCUUUCAUUUUAAAAGCCUGGUUUUAAAGUGCUGCCUGUGAGUAAAGUCCUGAAUAAAAAUAAAAUAUAAAAAAUUGAGAGUGUAGCCUUUUGUUUGAAGUAGUUAGAUACUUAGAGUGUCCACAAACCAGCAAAUAAGUACUAUGUGUCAUAUUUAAUGAGUAACUCUUGGAUAAUCAGAAUGGCCAUCCAAUAUCUUAAAAUUCUUAAGAGGCAUUUCUUUUGUGGAUUUGUUAGUUUUGACCGUUUUAGUAUAGAAUAGUUAUCGCUCUAUAUACUGACAAGAUAGAUCAACUUUUUAAUACCCCAAUUUUUUUUCCAGCAUAAAUUUAGGGAAGGUCUCUUUUCUGACCAACUACUUACACGUGGUUUAUAGAUUAAAACUCAAAUUAAAUUUUUCUUGACCUAUUAUUUUCUUGUAAAUAUUUUUUUGAUAGAGGCAUUUUAAAGAUUAAUUUCAUCAAGACUGUCAAGUCUUAAUCACACAAGUGUAGAAUUUGGAGAAUGGGUAGAGGUGGCAAGUUGUAACUUUACAGUAAUUCGUACGAAAUCAUUUAGGAUAGUAUUAGUUGGCUGUAAGUUCAGUAUAGGUCAGCAGUGUGUUGGACUCACCAAAAACAUUUGCUCAGUAUAAAGGGAAGGAAGGAGGGAGUCAUUCAUUUAUUUAUUUAGGAGCUAAUGAAUAUAUACCCAAUGUUAGAGUCCUGGAGAUAAACAGUGAAUAAAGUAGGCAUAGCUCCUGUUUUGUGGACCUUACAGUUAAUUGAGAAUGAUAGACAAUUAAAAUUGAACUGUUUAUUGAGUGACUCUUCAUAUGUGGCAAGCACUUAUUUAAGUGUUAGAAAUGAACAGCUAAGACAAAAUUCUUGCUCUCAUGGAAGUGACAUCAGUGGGAGAAGAUACUAAACAUACAGGGAAGAUAUCAGAUCAUGAACUUUAGGUUCUGUGGAGGGAAUUAAAAUAGGGUGGAAGGAGAUAGUAACUGGGUAGCUACUUGAGGUUGGAGGAUCAAAAUGCUGAGGAAGUAGCAUUUAGGACAAGAUAUGGUUGACAGAAGGAGCCAUCCUCACGAGAUUCAAGGAAGAGGAAUGCUUGGCAGAGUAGGACCAGCACAGCCUCUUAGGUGUGUUUGGAGCAUAAAGGAAGUCAGUGUAUCUGGAGUGUCAAGAAUGGCAUAUGUAUAGGGCUUAGUUAGAUAGGGCCGUAUUUGUAGGGUCUUGGUAAGGAAUUUGGAUCUUACUCUGUGAUGAGAAACUAUAAGAUGAUUCUAAGCAAAGGAAUAACACAAUCAGAUCUGUUUGUAAACUUCCUGUGGCCAUACUAUCUAAUGUCUCAUCAGGCUGAAGAUGAGGAAGUUAGUUCAGGAGGCUGAUGCAGUAAUCCAGGCAAAAAUAAUAGUGACUCAAAGUAGGAUAGAGGCAGUCCUGACAGACAUGGGGGAAGAUUUGAGUGGUAACGACUCUGUAGUCUCAUCAGACAAUAAUGGGGUAUCUUCCUGGUAUUUAGCCAAUUACAUACUUUUCCCAGUAAUUUUGCAUGAGUCUUCUAGGAAAUACUUUGAUAUAAUCUAUGAAUAAUGAUGUUAUUUCUUCUAAUAGUUUCACUUUAUUUUUAUUGCAUGUUUUUGUUGGCUGAAAUGUUUAGAACAAUGUUAAAUAAUGAUGAUAGUAGACACUAUCGUUUUUUUUAUGAUUUUAAUGGAAAUGUCCAUAGUGUUUUACCUUUAGGUUGGCUGUUUUGAGUUAUUCCUUAUCUAGAAAGGAAAUUUCCCUCUAAUGUCAGUUUUUAAAGAAUUUGAAUUAGGAAUGGCCCUGAUAUUUUGUCAGAUAUACCUCUUGGGUAUCUGUUAAGAUGAUCAUACAUCUUACGUAUGAUUAUUUUCAUUUGAUUUGUUAAUGACACAUAAAAUAUUAACAUUAAAUCCUGUAAUCAGAUUUAAAAAAUUAUUUAAAAAGAUUGACAGUUUACUUAUAUCUUACGUAGACUUGAACUAUAGGGAUUUUAAAUAGUUGAUCUAGUAUUAAUGAUUUCCCUUUGUUUUCAGAAUUUGAAGUAAUGCACAUACUUGAAGUCUAAAAAAUGACUAAGAAUUGCAUAAUUUCAAAACUGGCAGUCUCAGUGCAUUGUAAACUGCUCAUGCUUUUAACCAUAUGGCAGUGCAGCUUUAACUGGUAAAAAGAUAAGCCGCCAUCCUUUGGUAGUAUCCUGGAAAGCCCAGGGUUCUUUACUAGCACCCUCUUAAGAAUUUUUGUUGACUUUAACCUUCACCUUUAUUGUAUUCUCUUACAUGCAUUCAUUAGGUGGUUAAAACUGAUGCUGAAUACCAUGUUUAAGUCUCAGUACUUUGGGACAGAAAUUAAAUGUGGUAAAAAGCCAAAAGAAACCACCACCAUGAAAGAGAAUCUGUUUUUAAAUAUUAGAAAUGAUGCUGAGAAAAGAAAAAGACUGUCUCAAA